AUGACAGCCACUACAACAGUUACUGCUCCCCCCAGAAUUACGGCGGAGAAUGUCGCCACUCUCUUCCCAGAAGUUGAUACAUCGCUGGCUCGGGAGGUUUUCCCCUCGACAGCGGAGGGCUCCGCCAAAGACAGCGAAGAGCUUGCUGGCUACGAUGAGGAACAGGUCCGCUUGAUGGACGAAGUAUGCAUUGUUCUAGAUGACGACGACAAGCCCAUCGGCAGUGCCAGCAAGAAGGCCUGCCAUCUCAUGACCAACAUCGACCGGGGUCUGCUUCACCGUGCAUUUUCAGUUUUCCUCUUCGACUCUAACAACCGCCUGCUAUUGCAACAACGUGCUUCCGAGAAGAUCACCUUCCCCGAUAUGUGGACGAACACCUGCUGCUCUCACCCAUUGGGUAUUCCCGGUGAGACCGGUGCCGAGCUCGAGGCCGCCGUGCUGGGUGUGAAGCGUGCCGCGCAGCGGAAACUGGACCAGGAGCUUGGAAUCAAAGCGGAACAAGUACCUCUGGAAAAGUUUGAGUUUUUCACGAGGAUUCACUACAAGGCGCCCAGUGACGGAAAAUGGGGCGAGCAUGAGACCGUUGCUGACACGCAGAUUCUAGUCGACUAUAUCCUCUUUAUCCAAGCAGAUGUCGAUCUGAACGUGAACCCUAACGAAGCCCGCGAUACGAAAUAUGUCAGCGCCGAGGAGUUGAAGCAGAUGUUCACCCAACCAGGCCUCAAAUUCACACCCUGGUUCAAGUUGAUUUGCAAUUCGAUGCUGUUCGAGUGGUGGAGCCACCUCGGCACGGCGGGCCUGGACAAGUACAAAGGGGAGAAGGAGAUUCGCCGCAUGUGA